AAUGAUAUCUUCUGCAUCGCAGAACACCAGUCCGAUCAUUCAUCCCCUUCAAUCUCCUCUUGGCAUCGGACUAAGGAUUUCACGCAUACGGCGCCGACAUCUGGGAGGCCGGGGCAUACCCGCCAUCUGCUACUCAUACCUUGUCCCCCAGCUGCAACGUUGUCGGCGGUCUCCCCCCAGUGGUCGCUUUUGCGUGAGGGAUCCUAUCACUUGCGUGUUUAGUAGAUGGAGUAACUGGAGGCGGGGACACACCCGUUGUGCUCUUCAGGUAUAUAACGGGGUACAUAGUCAAUGGUCUCCGGCUUCUAUGAGGACCACCUUGAUUUUUGAACGAGAGCCCUGCUGCAUGAAGCCGGCUGCCAGUGCUGCGUCACGAGAUGAACGGCUACGCCAUCCGUUAAGCCUCACGAGCAUGCUGUCCGCACACGGCUUGGAAAGUGCUCUUCCGUUGCCGCCUCGCCUUUUGCCCCGACGAGCGCGGAUCCACCUCUUGAAAGUACCGAAAGGGCGAAGACCUUGAAGCCCUUAACGAGCCUCUUCCCACUCCGACUGCUAGACGUCGCACGUUGUAUGAAACCCGGGCUUAGACCGUAGGCCUUUCGGGUCUUCGCGAUGCACGCGAUCUUGAAGUGCGAGGCCACUGUUUCCCGAGGAGCAGAGCACGCUGGUGUCGAGCAUUCCAGCAUUUGCGCUCUCGGCGCACCAGCGCUGCCCGUACGCGGAGGUGACCGUAGCUCGGAUCGGUAGCAGGAGACGGAGACGACGUCUGGCAAUACGAUGAUGCCGCGCGACUCGGGUCCGUCGGAAUGCGCCUGUGCCGUCGAUAGAGCCCUGGAUAGAAUCCGCGCUGCGUUCGUCGCGUACGUUCUUGACGGCCUUGACGAGGUCACCGGUUUGCAGAAGAGGGGCACGUUCCACUGCCGUCGACCAUAGCCAUGAACAAGUAGCGGUUAGCGUGCAAUUCGCGCAUUUGAUGAUGACGCAAGUCGUCUCGAGGUGGGGUGUUGAGGAUCGGUAGGCAGUGCGUCGAGGUGGAAAGUACCUCGGUCAGCCUUGCGGGGAGCCACACACAGGAUAUUCAAGACCCGAAUGAGCGAGCGGAUACGAUCUUCCGUGAUGCUGAAGAGCGGCCGAAGUAGAGCCACUCCAGUGCGUUCGUCGUGAGGCCGCCGGCCGUGCAUACGAUUGCUGCUCCUGAUGAGCAGUAUCGUCCGCCUCCCGUCCACUCCGCUCGACAACUGUCUGUCCGGUUCGAGGGUGGGCACAAAGGUCACGGUGUUCAGGCCCAUCGUAAGUAUAUCCGAGCUCGAUGUCAUCACUGGACUGCGCGCCUUUGGGCGAAGCGUCUUCGUGUCCAGAGGACGGGUCGCCGUGCCGGUGGACUACGUUGAGGGCGAUAUGGUAUUGGCGGACGAGAAGGAGGCGUGAUGACGGCGGUGACGGUGCCAUGACGCCGAUGUUGAGGCGGAGGCGGACAGAAAGGUGAAGCGCAUAUGCUCAUAGAUGGACUGCAUCGCGUCCGGGACAGAGUGUUGUAGUGGAGCAUGACUAGGGUGAAGGAGAGCAGAGGCGUCCUGUCCAAGGUGAUCGGUCGAUGAGGCCGCUGGUCGGGGACGGCACUUCGAUGGCGGCGCGUGCGGUCGACGCGUUCUUGAACUCCAGAGGUGCGCUGGACCGAGCAGGAGGGGUAUCUGACCUGUUCAACGUACGGUGCUCGAGCUAACGAUGACCAUCAACUAUUCUUCGGGUCCGUCCUCGUUCCCAUAUCGCCCAGCGCGAGUCUUCAGUUUGAUUGGCGUACAUCUUGGCA